AUGAAAUCGCAUGAGCAGUGAAAUUGAGCAUGCGCAUGCAGAUGCAAUAAACUUUCAUGUUCCGGGGAUACACCGAUUUCUUGUUCGAGUGCGAUUGUCUGAGAGUGAUAAGAGAUUUUGCGAAGUGUCCCUUUCUCAUCAAAGGUUUAUUGCUAUCUUUGAAAUAUAUGUGAUAUCUUAUGUGCUGUGAAGUAUAUACCAGGCAAUUGCUUUUUUAGUGAUGUGAUGAAUAGUGAUAUGUGUCUACCGGAUUUCUUGUGUAGUGUAACCCGUUCGCAAUUCAAAGCCUGGGAUGUCUGUUUUGAUACCGUAAAAUCUAGAAAAGUUUGAAACGUGCUUAGUCAAAAAGCCACUUCUUGAUUUUUAAUGUUUUUGUGAUAAUAAACGAAGCAAACAAUGGCUGAACAAUAUACUUCAUCAAAUUGGGACACUAAAGAGAUUGUGGAACGGAUACUGGUUCGAGUGUAUAGAAAAGGGAUUAUUAAUGAGGGCCAAUUGUCGAAGGACGCCCUUAGGAAAGAAACAAAUAGUUUUCUUCAGAAAUACAGUAUUAGUGGCUUCAAGUACAUGGACAUGCCAAAAUCAAUGCUCUUAUAUGACUAUUGUUAUUAUAUGAGAAAGAAUCUGGCUCAUAAUUCAAGGUUCUUUAUGGUAAACACAGGAAAGAUUGAAAAACUUACAGAAAUCUAUGCAGAAGAGGAAUCAGAAGAAAGUGGCAAUGAACAAGAUUUUGAUGAGCAUUGUGUUGAAUACAUAUUGACCACGGAACAGUCGACGAAGGAAAAUUUUGCAUUCUCAGAUAAAAGUUGCUUCGUAUGCAAAGAAAUAUUUAAUGAUCAGAAAAAAUAUGAGGAUCACAUGAAAAGUCAUGGACGGGUGUUUACGAUCAAGGCAACAAAUUGGUGGAAGAAAAUGAUUGACAUGACCUCAAAAUUUCGGGCAAAAGAAGGAAAAUUCGUGUGCAAAGUCAGAGCGACGAUGAAAGAAGUGAAGAUACAAAUUGAUAGGAUAGUUAUUGUUUUUCCUGAGGAUAAUACCUUCCAUCCCCUCAGUAUCUACACCGAAGGAAACUGUACAAAAUUCGACGUGCAUUGUGAAUUGUUUUCAGCAGUGAAUUAUCCUUACACUGUUCUUAUCUUCUACUCGUUGGCAUGCAAGACAUCUCUCCUGACGCAAUAUCACUUUACGGUGAAAAAACUUUUGAGCACCGAUGACAUCACAUUGGAUGAGAUUAAAGAGAAAAGGAUUUCGCAUCUCCCAAAUCACGUCAAGACAAUGACUUUUGAUGUCUUGCCUCUUUAUCAUCCAACGAAAGAGAUGAAGAUGCUGAUUACGAAUAAUUUUGAUUGCACUGAUUUGAAUUCAAAGGCAAAAGCUUUAUUGUUGCAGAUCGAGGAAUUCUUUAAUACUGGUUUAACUCAGUCAAAUUAUGUUCAGUUUUGGGUUACUCUUAUUGAAAUGGAGGAUUGUGCACAAACCGAGAAUAUGGCAAAGAUCGACAAAUUGAAUAAGAAUUUGAGUUGGAGUCAAGGAUACUAUUUGCUGUCUAUACCAAAUCUUUCUGAACAUAACCCUGCUAUAAUGGAAGGAGAUAGGAUCACAGUUGCACCAUCGGCACAGCCAAGAAAUAAGUUACUUGGUAAUGUGCAUCAAGUGAAAAAGGAUCACAUUGUGUUGGAUGUGCAGACAAGUGAUGUCUUGGACGUAAAAGCUCUCUACGAUAUCCAUUUCUUGCCUAACAGAAUGACGAUUCAGUUGGAGAGAGAGGCACUUGAUUAUGUAAAAAUGCAGAAUAUUGCAAGAUUUUUCUUUCCAAAUACCAUUCCAACACAUCCAAUUGAAGUUUCUAGGUUUCACUGGAUCAAUGAGAGUGUGAAGACUAAUCCUGAGCAACAGAGUGCUAUUAUGCACAUUGUGGGAAAAGCAUCUUUUCCAGCGCCCUAUAUCCUGAUGGGACCUCCAGGCACAGGAAAAACCACCACAAUUGUCGAAGCAAUCUGUCAGAUCAUUAAACGAAAUCCAGAUAUUAAGAUUCUUGUUGCAGCAAGUUCCAAUUAUGCUUGCAAUGUUAUUACUCAUCGGCUUCUCAAGAUACUACCAGAAAAGGUCAUUUUUCGGAUGUUCGCGAAUUCAAAGGAAUCCGAAUUGGAUUCCAUUGAUAAUAAAUUGGUGAAGAUUUCAAAUUUGAAGUAUGGUUCGCACUAUUACCCUGAUAUACCAGAGUUGGCUAGUUACAAUGUUGUGCUUACAACGCUAGCAAUUGCUGGAAAAUUUGCUCAAGCAAAAAUCAGCCGAACGCAUUUUUCCUAUGUGUUCAUUGAUGAAUCUGGUAGCUGUACGGAACCUUCAACUUUGAUACCAAUUGCUGGUGUGAUAUCUUCACUUCGUAAGAUUCAUGGUCAAAUUGUCCUAGCUGGCGAUCCUAUGCAGCUGGGACCUAUUGUGCAGUCUGAUACAGCCCGCGAAUGUUUGGGUGUAUCACUACUUGAGCGCCUAAUUGAUACGGGGAUCUAUGCUAAGGAUCCAAACACUGGAAAGUACAAUCCACGUGUUAUAACAAAGUUAAUUCGUAAUUUCCGGUCACAUCCCAAAAUUCUGGAAUUCUCUGAUGAGGUAUUCUAUAGUGGUGAAUUGAUGGCUGAGGGCAGUCCUGAAAUUACCCGUUGGGCUUGUGGCUGGAAAUUUUUACCGAACAAAUCGGUUCCAAUUAUUUUUGAGCACGUUAUUGGUGAAUCGGAACAGGAUGAUAACUCUCCAAGUUGGUACAAUAUGAGGGAGGUUAGACGAGUGAUGUUCCAUAUUGAUCAACUCAUGAAAGCCAAAAAUAUUUUUGGCAGAAAAAUCACACAAAAUUGCAUUGGAGUCAUUACUCCGUACAAAAAGCAAUGUCAGAAGAUAACGAUUGAGUGUAAGAAGAGGAAAUGGGAGGAUAUUGAUGUGGGAUCAGUGGAGCAAUUUCAGGGUCAGGAGAAACCUGUAAUAAUUCUGUCGACUGUGCGAUCAUUGACACGUGGUGUGGGAUUUUUGAAUAAUCCCAAACGUCUCAAUGUGGCUCUAACACGUGCCCAGGCUCUUCUAAUCGUAGUGGGGAAUGUGGAUACCCUUCAAACUGAUCCCACAUGGAAUGAAUUUAUUGAUUUCUGCAAAGGAAACAAUUUGGUGAAGAAGAUAAAUGAUAUCGGUUGUGCUGCGCAGAAAAGGACUAAACAUCAAGUUCAGAAUCAGGAAAAUACCAUAACUCCUACUAGCUCUACCAGGGAAGUUGAGCGUGUAAAGGCGAGUUCGGAGUUGUCACUUUCAUUGCCAGAUGUACCAAAGGAUGAUUUAGGAAGGAUUCCUGAUCUACGUAAAUCUGAUGAUCGCAAUCCCUCUGUUUGUAUGGAUCUCAUUGAGAAGGAAGUGUCGUCUGAAAUUGGAGCUGUAGCACUUGCGAAUAAUUCAACUGAGAAAGCCAAUGCAAUUGUCGUGGGAAAGGCGAGCCUUGGUGAGGCCUCUAAUAAUUUGGAUAGUUGCGAUAGAUGUGAGGACAAGAAAGUUAAAGAUGAAAAGUGUCUACCAAAAAAGAUUAUAUUUCCAGGAGAAUUUGAUCUAGCUUCUUAUACUGGUGCAAAAGGGGAUACUUCUUCGUACGAGCGUUGCAUAAGACCAAGGCCCGAGCCUGUUGUGGUCAAUGUGCCUUCGACAUAUGAAUUCGUAAACGCUCCUCCAAUUGAAAUACAUUACGAUGUCUCUCGUGCAAGAUCACCAACUGUGACUUAUACGGUAAAUCGUUUUGCGAGAUUCAACCCUAGUCCCCCCUUUGGGACUGAGAAGAAAAAGAAGAAAUGCUUGAUAAUGUAAGUAAAGUAAAUUCUCUUGAUUUAUGUAAGAAAGAGAGAGAUUUGCUAGAAUAUACAAAGAUAAAAAGGCACAAAAAAAUGAUUGAAUUGAUUUUCGAGUUAAUUUUCAUUCAAUAAUAUCAAUAAUACUUGAAUUACAGUUAUAUUUGAAGAAGAGAAGUAAAAACUGCGAAAUUUGUUGUACACACAAACUCUUACUCUUUGGCUUAAAAAGUAAAAAUACUAUAAGAAAAAAACUUUUGAAAUACAUUAUAUCAAAAUCUGAAGACAAAGAGUAAAAUAUACAAAUUUUCGAACAUUAGCUCAUGUGCAAUUUAUUUCAUGUUCCUUUGUCAUUUUUUUUUCUUUUGAAGGAAUUAACAGAGCAAAGAAGUAGGCAAAUUAGACGUAAUAACUUUUCAAAACAAAUCAAAAGUCAAUAAAAAAUGUAUAAGGGAGCUGAAAUAAAGAAGAGUACAAAAUUUUGAUAAUAAA